AUGUCUUCUAAACGUCAUCUCAUCGGUCUGCACAGGUCUAGUAUAAAAACGUAUAGGAUUCAUGAAGUGUACACUCAGUACAGUGGAGUAAACUUUUCCCAAAAUGUGACAGACAAGGGAGAACUUGUUUAUGCGCAAAUUUAUAGAACUGCAUCAAGCACAACCAUGUCUGCUACUUUUUUCUUAGCAUAUGAAGGUGUAAAGCAGCUGGUCAGUGACAAAGUGCCAUCAAAAUAUGAACCUGGAGUUCAUAUGUUUGCUGCAUCAGCUGGAGAAGUGGCAGCUUGUGUUAUAAGGGUUCCUAUGGAAGUUGUCAAACAGCGAAUGCAAGCCCAGAUGUACCAGUCAUCCAUGCAAGUUAUACAAGUUACUCUUCGACAGGAAGGCUUUAGAGGAUUAUACCGUGGUUACACGAGUACAGUCAUAAGAGAAGUGCCCUUUUCCAUAAUCCAGUUUCCCUUGUGGGAACUGUUCAAAAAAUGGUGGUCACAUCAUCAGGGAAGAUUGGUGGAUUCAUGGCAAUCAUCAUUAUGUGGAGCCCUUGCAGGUGGAAUGGCAGCUGCUAUAACAACACCAUUAGAUGUUGCCAAAACAAGGAUAAUGUUAGCUGAUCAUAGUAGCAGUAUUGCUAAAGGAAACAUUGCCAAUGCCAUGAAAGUAGUGUAUAGUCAGCAAGGAAUAUCAGGGCUCUUUGCAGGAGUAAUACCUCGCACAAUGUGGAUAUCUUUGGGUGGAGCAGUCUUCUUUGGAAUUUAUGAGAAAUCAAAAAACUUUAUCCAAUCUAAAAUGGGAGCAGAUAAAUGAUAUAAGAAACAUUAUCUUCAAGUCACUUUAUUCCUACCUCAUUGAGAAAGAAAGGUUAAUGAUAAUUGUUGUAAUUUGUAGUUUUUAUAUUAUGAAAAAAUUACUUAUAAUUUAUAUUGAUUCCUUUUGUAUAUAAAAUUUGAAUACAUAA